GCCGAACAAGACGAACUUCUCCCUUAACCGAGCCAUCACUACUGCAAGCCAGAGAGACAUCUGCCGGUGUUUAUGGGUGGACUGUGGCGUCGCCAGUGUUUAUCAGGGCACAUGACUGCAACGCAUGGUGACAAUAUCAAGCCUUCAUCUGCACGCUGGGAAUCAGAGUGGAGCUCAUAAGUAGACGGGUUGUCGCUUCCUCUCUUCCUCUGGAUUUAACUUGAUUUAUUGAGGUCCUCGAGAGCCUCCCAGAGAGAGUACCAGCAGACAUGGACAGAAAACAUGCCGCAAGCAUUUUGUUGCUGCCUGUCCUGGUUUUCCUGGGUGUGGCAAAAUGUGACAACCCACUGACAGAUUUAGAAAACAUUGCAGGGAAACUGGUUUUCUAUCAAAAGGACGGCAACGCCACCUACGUGAGAGACACAGGAGAGCUGGCGUCUGACGUUCCCACAGAGACCACAUUUGAACUUUUUGACCCACAGCAGAAUUUCAGCACGGCAAAGUUCAGCUACACGUGGGAUUUAGGAAACGGAGAGGUGAUCCAAGGGAAUGAGCCUGUUGUUCGCUACCACUAUGCCUCGUCUGGAAACUACACACUCCGGCUUAAAAUAGGAGUCAACAUGACUAAAUUCACUCCAGCUUUAACUGGGGUCUACACCAAGGACAUCCAAGUGCUCGAUGCCAUCAAAAGCAUUGAGCUAAAGGGGCCCUCUGAUUAUGAGGUGUCUCAAACCACCGGUCUGGCUUUCCAUGUGGAUGGAAGUCCCCCCAUGUGGGUGUGUUGGCGUUUCCUUCCCAACUGCGUGCCCGACACAACAGGGGGCUGCACGCUGACCAUGCUGUAUGAGAACACCUUGUGGCUCAACCACACCUUUACCUCGGUCGGGUUUCACUGCCUGGACAUCAGCGUCCGCAAUGACAUCAGCAAGCUGCAGACCUCCUUCAGCCUCUUCGUCAGGAAAAACAACAACGGCAACAUGCUCUUCAUCUUGUCUUGCGCUGCUGUUCUUGUGGCAACCUUUUCUUUCAUCGCAAUUAUUGCCUGCCGCCCUCGACAUCACAGAUCUCAGAUUGCAGCUUCCAGCAAUGCUUUGUUCCUGAAGAGUCAAGAGCCUGACGGCCACAGCAGAAUUAUAUUUAACGUGUCCAGUGUUGACAAAGAGGAGAAAGAACCGCUUGUGUUACAGUAUGGAACUUAUUAAGCAUGAUGACUUACGAGCUUUUCUGAGGAUGACAGGAGUUUCUUAACAUUUCUUGUGUGAUAAAUGCACUCGUACAUAGUGCAAUCAUACACAUCCUGUUGUGCACACAUAAUGCAUGUAUUCCUGCUGUGCUCCAUGCUGUUUGAAUAUAUCUCUUAGUUCCACGUUCGCUAGGAUGGCAGGUCAUGCACAUUCUGUAUUUGCCAUGUGUGGCGACGAUCAAUUUGUGCCCCCCAGUGUUUGAGUCAUAUAUUAUUAACUUCAAUAAAGGUCAUAUCAUAACACUAACUGUUGGUUUGAGCACAGUGUGGAUUGAUCAGUGUGCCCUUUUAUGAGGUAAGCCUUAUUUCUAAAUAAUGAAGUGGUAAUAAAAUAAUGUGAUUUCUGUAUAAUUCUUGAACGUUGGUGUUAUCGAGUGAUGUCACAAAGCAACACCACUUGCAAUGGUGACACUAAAACAUAUAUAAAUAUACGGCAACAGUGUAAAUAACAUGUGUAGUCAUAAUAUUUCACUUGAGGACUCCUCACCAGCUGUGACGAAGAGCAGCCGCAUUCAUCAGCCGUCUUUCUAACGACAGCUUGGUCCUCUGUUCGUUAAUAAUUGUGACAUCCCAAAUGGAUGUGUCCUGACACAUGCACAGUUGGGGAGCUCGUGGUUGCUAUGGUGAUGACUACCAUCAACCUUGACCCCCGCCUGUGCUGAGUUUUAAAGUUUUACGUGCACACUCACAGUUUUUACCGCUCUUCAGACUGAUGAGAUGACAUUGCACGUUGCCAUUUGCUUGAUAUUUUCAAGAAAACAUGUUUUUAUUGACGUUUGGCCUAUAUUAAAACAUAUUUGUUUUAUCUAUCUUCCACUGCGUCUGAUGUUGUGCUUUG